CUUUUUCUAUUUGAGAUUAUUAGAGGGCGCUCUACCCUCACUGCUUUUUACCCGUUCAUGUCAUGGACAAUAGCACGGUGCACUUAAUCGAACACCCUCAAGAUUGACGGGCUCUAUCUCUGCAAAGUUUGUGACAACCCCGAUGGUUUAUUCCGACAAUUGUCAAGAACUGUGAUUUCGCCAGACAGGUUACACAAAAAAGCUAGGACCAUGCCUUUAUUUCAUCCAAUAUUUCUGUUUGUUCUGGUAAGCUUCCAAGCAUGCUCCUCUACACACAGCCAGGAGGCUGCCUCCAACAUGGCCCCACCAGAGGCCAUGGAGUAUAACAGAACUGUCUAUGCAGCCUGCAAAAUGAGACCCAGCACCAAACUAGGCGAAGGUCUACCUAACGUGUAUGGACAGGUGCUGUUCAAGCAGGAAUACCCUGAGGGAAGCCUCAAAGUCCUCUUUCGUCUCCAUGGUUUCCCAAGUGACAGUGAUCAUCAGUCAAAAGCCAUCCACAUCCACCAGUACGGGGAUUUCAGCCAGGGCUGCGAUUCCACAGGCGGCCAUUACAACCCUUACAGGGUCCCCCAUCCCAGCCACCCGGGGGACUUUGGGAACUUUGUGGCCCACGAGGGGAGGGUUCACAAGUUGACUGAAUCAAAGGCCACUCUGUUCGGGGGGCUGUCGGUGCUUGGGCGGGCGGUGGUGGUCCAUGAGAAGGCAGACGACCUAGGGCAGGGCGGGGAUGCGGGGAGCCUGCUACAUGGUAAUGCUGGGCGGAGGCUGGCAUGUUGCACCAUCGGGAUGAGCAGUCCCAAACUGUGGGAUAAGCACCAUCAUCGACAGCAGAGAAGAAGGGGAUGAGAAUCAUAGUUUAUUCUUCCCUUUUCUUUCUGAGCUCACCAUCUUUCAUCGCAAGACAACUUAAUUUCAUUGCUUUAAUUUUAUCCAGAUCUAAAUUACAAAAAUGUUUCCUUCUCUUUUAAAGACAUGUUUAUCUUUUAUUUUAAGGGAUAGGACAGGUUUACCAUAGCUGAUAGCAAUUCAUGUAUCUUGUAUUAAACUUUGAAAAGACCUUUAUUGAAA